AUGGUAGCUUACGAUUUGAUCGAGCUCGCGGGCCAGACGUACGAAGCGUUUGCGAUCUCGCAUCAACUCGUCGACCACACGGCCGUGGCGACCUUCGUGGUGUUUGUGGCACUGCACGCCAUCGUGACGCCGCUUUGCUUCCUGACAGCCCACAAGACGACCAAGAUCAUCAUGGUCAACUGGACGUCCAGCGUGUGCAGCUUCGUCAUGUCGAGCCUGCUCCACAUCGUGGCAUAUCUCAUCCCGUUGGUCCGCGCCGUCAUGUCCAUCGAGCCGAUCGCAACGACACACGAGUGA